CUGCUCUGCUUGCACCCGGGCUGCUGGGACAAGGAGGCUGAGAGCCUGCAGCAGCCCCCCAGGGGCAGUCAGCCCCUUCCAGGGAGCACCCCAACACUGGCAGGACAGGGCAGCGGGUUGGUUUCAUGCCCUCUCUCCCUGGGAAGACAACGCUGAGCCUCUCUGCUCCGACAGGACAAGAUCCCUGCUCAAUCUGCGAUGUGUGCUUGCGCUCAGGGCCACCCUGCAGCCUGUCCCCAUGUCACCUGCUGAGCAUGACAGCCUGCCCCUGCGAGCCCCAGCCUACCUGCCCCUCGGCACUGGAGGGGUGGCCGGCGGGAACAAGGGGCUGUAUGCCCUUUCCUCACCACCCUCCUGCCCGAGCACCACAGGCAUUAGUGCUGGGGGGGUGUAAAGGCGGGUCCAGGGGGGCACACAAGAAGUGCUGGGGAGAACGAAGGGGCCACUGUGCAUCCUGGCAAGAUGGCCCAGAGGGCACUCAAACAGCGGGUCAGGAUGCACGCCCUGCCCCAGGGCACGUCUGAGAAGCAUGGAUAGGCAGGGAAGUGCCUGGGAACACACGCAGGCACCUCAAACUCCCUCCUUCAUUUUCCAGCUAUGAUCACAGAUCCUCCUGGGCAAGAAUCUGGGUGUAAUGAACAGCCGGAGCCUGGAGCACGGCUCCCUUCCAUGUGCUAUGGCUUCUACUGGCAGCAUCAUUCCCUCCUGCAGCAUGGUCCAACUCCUCUACUUCCCCAUCCAGUUUUCACUUGCUUUCUUAAAACCACCUGGAGUUUUAUCCUUGCACUGUUAGACAUGCCAAGGGCCUGGGGAAAAUCUCCACGCCCCCAGGGAUGGAGACAAGGUACCUGAAGAGUGAUGCUAAGCAAGGAAUGGAGCGAAGAGACAGGAGGAAAGUCUGAGGCACAUAUCGAGACAGACACUUGCAGAGCAGGCAGAGUUGUCCUCCGCUGGGGCUGAGCCACAGUCUCCCUUGCAGAGCAGGUACCCAUGCCUCGUUUGUCCCUGCCAGACUCCUGUUUUUCCACUGCAGGGUGAGGCUCUUCCUCCCUUCUCAGCGUCCCUCAGGGGCGUCAGUCAUGCCAGAGCCUGCAGCCAUCACAGACACCACCAGCAGCUUCACCCAGGCAGGCUUUGCAGGUCAGAAGCAGCCCAAGUUUGUGCCGAGGACCGUGCUGCUGCACUGCUGCAGUGCAGGCACGGUGUGGGAGUCCCAGCAGCAGCCCGCUACUGCUGAAAGCACAGCAGGCUUCACCCUAGCACCCAGGACUUACCCACUCAAGCACAGCAUCGUUGAGGACUGCAAGGGCAUGGAAAACCUGUGGAGACACCUCUUCUUCUUCUGCGGCCUGAAAGCUCUCCCAGAGGAACAGCCAGCGCUCACGGCUGACACCCUGUCUCGCCCCUCCACCAACAGGGAAAAGGGGGCGGAGGUGCUUUUUCAGAGUUUCAGGGUGCCAGCCCUGCACAUGGCUAACACGGGGGGUUCCUCUCCCUCUGUGCCUAUGGCAGUCACCGGUCUGGCCGUGGAGGCUGGGGCAGGAGUGUCCCACGUCACCUCCAUCUGCCUGGGCCGGACCCGGAGGGAGGGGACCUACUGCCUCGGGGUGCCCGGUGGCUUCCUCUCCAGCCCCCUGCCCAGGCUGCUGACAGAGAGCCCCAACCACCCCUCAGUGCUGAAGGCCUUGAAGAAGACAGUGAUCCUGCUGACGAAGCAAUGCCGCUAUACCUCCAUGGACUAUGGAGGAGACCUCCACGGCCCAGGUUACCAUCAGCCAGCCAGAUUUCAGGUCCCCGAUGGGCACUGGAUAACCCUGGACAAGGAACAGUUCUGCUGCCUGGAGCCGCUCUUCCAGUCAAAGCUACUCCACCAAAGCUCCCCAGGGCUCCACCACUUGGCCUUGAAGAGCCUCCAGAAGGUACCCGACCGUGCCAGGAGGGACACGGUGGGUAACAUCGUGCUGUCAGGGGGCUCCUCAAUGUUUCCUGGCUUUCCUGAGGCGCGCUUAGAGUUGAACUCCCUGUUCCACAGCACAGGCCACCACACUGAGGUCCAGGCGAGCCCGCAGAGGGGCGCAGCAGCCUGGGCCGGGGGCUCAAUGGCAGCAUCGCUCACAUCCUUCCAGCACGUGUGGGUGGCGAAGGGCGAGUACCAGGAGCACGGUGCCGAGUACGUGCAAAAGAUAUUCCUGUGGGCCGACGAGAGCUGUGCAGUCAAAGCAUCCCCCCGGCGGGGCACAGCUCCUGCUGCAGGAGGAGGGUCUGAAACGCCGCCUUGCUCCGCGCAGAGCUGCGGCGGCAGCGGUGACCCAGGGCCAGCUCCUGUGCUGCUGCGGGGAGGCCAAGUCAAUUCCAACACGCCGAAAGAAGUAAACUGCUUUACAUUUACACCCCGGGUUACUUCUGUGCCUAUCUACCAUCACCCUAAUAAAGACGUGCCCGAUCAGGCUGGCAACACAACCGCGGGCCGUGCUGUGAACUCGGGCCCUGUCUGGGUACAGCUGGUCGACAGCUGAGC